AUGAGCAGCAACAUCCAACAGAAAAAAACAGCCCCCCCAGGCUCCUGGCCCUGUAACAAGGGCGAGGAAGCCACCUCCUCCGGUCAGCACCAACAGCACCAGACGCAGACCCCGCGUUCGCCGCCUCCUGUCCCCGACUACCAAGGCGGGUAUAUUAAGAGCAAUAACGGUGGCACGACCACUGAUUCCCAGAGUGGGGAGUAUACCCACCGCGACCGGCAAGCUUCGGCGGCGCUGCAGAAGCAGAAGCAGAAUGUGCAGCAGAAGGGGGAGCAGGUGCUAGAUCAGGCUGAUGGGGAGACCAACGGGGCGGAGCAGGAGACAGAGCAGCAGGCAGAGCAAGAUAGCGAAAAGCCUAUCGAGCUCAAGGAUGUCGACCCGCAGCCUGAGUCUGAGGCCGCCGAGGUAGACGACGUCAACAUCCAAGACAAGGCGGCAGAAGCUGCAACCACCGUCCCAGGCGAAGGCGAGGAGGCCGAGCUGACAGAAAAUGCGAAGAAGGCGUUUGAUCGGGCGUCAGAGAACCAGCCGACUGAUGAAGCGCGGAAUUCGUUCUUGAAGGCCGCGAGGGGUGGGCUGAGUUUUGUGUCCCGGUCUGCUAGGUCUGUUGUUGGCGGCGGUAAUGGUGGUGGUGAGGGACAGAGUGUUGCGGCGCCUGAGGAACAGGGAGAGAAGCAGGAGGAGGGGCCGGUGGACACGGAGGUUGAGGAGGGGGAGGGGAAACUUGAUGAUGUCGCUGAGGAGAAGCAAGAGGGCGAAAAGGCCGUCGACUUCAGCAUCCUCAAGGACGGCACCGUCAACAAGGGCGGCAACGUGAUCAACGCCAGCGGGGCCGUCGUAGGCCGCGUGGCCGAAGGCGAGAUCAAGACCCUAGUCGGCAAGGAAGUCGACGAGAAGGGUGCGAUCUGGAGCCGCAACGGCAAGAUCAUCGGCAAGGCCGAGCCGAUCCCUGACGACGAGCGCGAGGAAAUUGAGCGUGAAGCCGCGCCGUUUGAGAGCUUCCCCGAAGCCGUCAUCGACAAGGACGGCUGGGUCGUGUCCGCCGAUGGUGAGCGGAUCGGCAAGGUCGAGGAGGGUGAUCUCCACGCGCUGCGAGGCAAGACGGUCGACGCCGACGGUGAUAUUCUCGACAAGAAUGGAAACGUCAUCGGCAAGGCCAAGCGCUGGGAGGAGGCCCCGGAGCCUGAGCCUGAGCCUGAGCCCAAGGAGCCGGAGGUCGACAAGUCCAUCCUAGCCGGUAAGCGUGUCAACAAGGCGGGUAACGUGGUGGAUGGCACUGGAGCUAUCUUCGGCCGAGUCAUCGAGGGUGACGCUAAGAGGAUGGUGGGCCGCAUGUGUGACAAGAACGGCAACAUCCUCAGCGAAAGCGGUGACAUCCUCGGCAAGGCCGAUCUCGUCUCCGAGGGCGAGCGUGAGGGCUUGAAGGAAGGGCCCUUCGCCGAACUUCAAGGCUGCACGGUGGCCAAGGACGGCACUGUCGUGACGCCCUCGGGCGAUAUCGUCGGCCGUCUCACCAGCGGCGACGGUAAGGUCUUGUUCGGCCGUGCUGUUGACGAGGACGGUGAUGUCCUCGACCGCAACGGCAAUACAAUCGGACAUGCCGAGCGUUGGGAGCCGGAGCCGGUCGAGCGCAAGAAGAACCCCAUGUCGGGCCGGCGGGUCAACCGCGAGGGUAACGUCGUCGACGAAGACGGCAACCUUAUCGGCAAGCUCACGUCGGGCGAGCUCACCGUCUGCUCGGGCAAGGACAUCGACGACGACGGCGACGUGGUCGACUACAAGGGCAACACCGUGGGUCACUGCUCACUGCUCGAGGACAUCCCCAAGGAAGAGGAGACGCCCGAGGAGAAGGAGAAGCGCGAGCAGGCCGAGCAGGACAAGAAGCUGGCCGUGCAGAUGACCGUCUGUGUCGAGCAGUGCCUCGACAGCAUCCGUCCGAUCUGCAAGAUGAUCACCGAGAAAAUCGACAAAGCCGAGCGCACCCCCGAAGAAGAGCGCGACGAAGAGGCGCUCGUCCAGGAAGUCAAGCCGCUGAUCGAAGAAGGCGGUCGUAUCCUCAACGAAGCCAAAGGCAUCAUCAAGGGCCUCGACCCGGAGGGCCGCAUCGCCGCCAACGCCAAGCACAAGACGGCAGCGCGCGAGGCCACGCCCGAGGAGUACCGUCUCGCCGAUGUGCUUAAGGAUCUCACCGGCGACGUGACGCAGUGCAUCGACAACGCCAAGCGCAAGCUCGAGGACAUGCCGCAUGCUAAGAAGGAGCUCAACCCGCUCUGGGGCUUGCUCAACGAGCCGCUGUUCCAGAUCUUAGCUGCUGUUGGGCUUUUACUAUCUGGUGUGCUUAACCUUGUUGGCCGAUUGCUGAGCGGUCUUGGACUGGGCGGCCUAGUCGACGGCCUGCUUGGGACUCUGGGUCUGAAUCGUGUGCUGGAAAGCCUCGGUCUCGGGUCCUUCAGUGGUAGCCUGAAGAGCGGCAAGAAGAAGGGCGGCGGCCUUCUCGACGACAAAAUUGUGGGCGUGAGGUACUACAAUGGCAUGGCCACGGCCGGAGAAGUGGUCAUUUGCAAGAGAGAACCCUAUAAUCAAUACGACUCCAAUGCUAUCCGGGUCAAUAACGUGUUCGGAGAUCAAAUUGGCCACAUUCCAAGAGCCUUGGCCGCCAAACUCGCGCCAUACAUAGAUAGCGGAGAAGUUGCCAUCGAGUCCAUUCUCAUAGGGGAGAAGGGCUACUACGAAUGCCCAAUUCGCCUGUUCAUCCAUGGACCCAUCAACUCCUUUGCCCGGUCGAAGCUGGAAGAACGUCUCAAGAGCGAUAAGCUCCUGAAAGCCACGCACCUGAAGCAGACUCGCAAGGAGAAUGAGCAGCAACGGAAAAAUAUGGGCCUGAAGAGCGGCAGAGGCACCGCCGGGCUUCCGAUUGAUGUGGACGAGGAGACUUCUUUGGAGGAGUUGACCCGAGCGAGCGAGGCUGUCAACUUCCGUGCCGGCGGGGAUAUUGCGCAGACACUGGCCAUGAAUGAGGACCAGCUUUCCAAGCUACCUGCGGCUGAACAACCCGAGGGGGUAUCAGCAACCCUUCUGCCAUACCAGCUCCAGGGUCUGGCGUGGCUCGCAGCCAAGGAGAAGCCCACCUUCCUCGCGCCAGGCUCCUCUGAGUCUGUCCAGCUCUGGAAGCGUGACAACCAUGGCCGAUACACCAAUAUCGCCACCAACUUCACGGUUGUGGCAGCCCCUAACCUGCUGUCUGGUGGCAUCCUAGCAGAUGACAUGGGUUUGGGCAAGACGCUUCAGGUCAUUAGUCUGAUCAUGACCGGAGGGAAAGGAAGCACACUCAUUGUGGCGCCAGUUGGCGUGAUGAGCAACUGGGAACAGCAAAUCAAGCGACAUGUCGACGAAGAACACCUUCCCAAGGUGCUCAUCUACCACGGACCCUCUCGUCAAACAGCUGCAAAAUCAUUAGGGAGCUACGGUGUCGUCGUCACAAGCUACGGCACUUUGAGUAGCGAAGCGGCCAACAACGGCCCCCUUUUCAAGCUCGACUGGCGUCGGGUUGUGUUAGACGAGGGCCAUGCUAUCCGUAACGCCAAAACGAAGGCAGCCGAAGCGGCUUGCAAGCUAAAGGCUAAGUCAAGAUGGGUCUUGAGCGGUACCCCUAUUGUGAACAAUAUCCGGGAUCUUCAUUCACUUCUCAAGUUUCUGCACAUCACAGGAGGCGUAGAGCAGUCUGAGAUCUUCAACACCUUUGUUGACCUCAAGCUCCCCGCCAAGACGGAAUACAUCCAUCGCAUCACCUUCUGGCCGGGGGAGAAGAAGAAAUACGAGGCUUUGCUCUCUGAGGCACAUGGUGCCCUGGAGGAGUACCAGGCCAAGUCCAAGUUGGGCCAGAAGGGCAGAUUUCAAGGCGUGCUUGAGCGGCUCCUCCGUCUUCGCCAAACGUGCAACCAUUGGACACUUUGCAAAGAACGUAUCUCGGAUCUUAUGAAACUUCUCGAGGAACAAGAUGUAGUACCGCUCAACGCCGAGAAUAGAGCGCUGCUGCAGCAAGCCCUUCAGCUCGUCAUCGAAAGCCAAGAGGAGUGUCCAGUAUGCAUGGAAUCCUUGACCGACCCGGUCAUCACUCACUGCAAGCAUGUCUUCUGCCGUGGAUGCAUCUCCAAGGUCAUCGAGAUACAACACAAAUGCCCCAUGUGCCGCGCUGAACUGGCCGAGGACAAGCUGGUGGAGCCAGCACCGGAGCAUUCAGGCGAGGAGGAAGCGGAAGAUGUCGAUCCGGAUUCCAAGAGCUCCAAGACAGAAGCACUCCUUAAGAUCCUUCAAGCGACACUGAAGAACGACGGGUCCAAGGUGAUCAUCUUCUCGCAAUGGACCUCCUUCUUGACCGUCAUCCAGCGCCAGCUCGACGAAGCCGGGUAUACCUACACCCGCAUCGACGGCAGCAUGAACACCUCCCAACGCGACGCCGCCACCCGCGCGCUCGAUCACAAUCCGGCCACUCGUAUUAUGCUAGCUAGUCUAAGCGUAUGCAGCGUGGGCCUGAAUCUAGUGUCAGCAGAUACGGUGGUCCUCGCGGACAGCUGGUGGGCCCCGGCUAUUGAGGACCAAGCCGUGGACCGCGUCCACCGUUUGGGCCAGACCCGACCCACAACGGUCUGGCGGCUUGUUAUGGAGGGGACUGUGGAGGAGCGGGUGCUUAAUAUUCAGGGUGAGAAGCGGGAGCUUGUUAACAAGGCUUUCCAGGAGAAGGAGAAGAAGGGCAAGAAGACUAAGGAGACGCGCAUGGCGGAUAUCAUGCAGCUGCUUGGUUGA